UUUUUUAAAAGCGACCUUCAUAUGGCGAAGAUAAGAUAAGCACGUUGUUCGUAUUUUUUUAAAAUCAGUUGCUCAUAAAUCUUAACAUUUAAGAUGAGGUAAGACGUAAAUAAACACGAAUUUGAAAGUGAUAUUUGAUAAUGGAUCUAGUUCUAGUUGUAGGAAAUACCGCUUUAGUAUGUACUAUUGCCAGUCACUUCUCUGGUUUACCAAUCUGUUGGGAUUUCUUUAAGAAACGUUCAACUUCAAAUGUUUCCGUUUUACCAUUCCUCGCUGCAUUCAUUUGUUCUAGCCUAUGGCUAUUUUAUAGCAUAUUUACAAGAGAUUCAACGUUACAAGUGGUCAAUUCUGUAGCAGCUUUUCUUCAAUUAAGCUACGUUUUCUGUUUUUAUGUGAAUACUUCAUUUAAGAAAACAACAUUUCAGAAAGUAUUCACCACAUUUGCAUGCCUAAUUAUUUCCUAUCUCUAUUCAUUCCACGUUGUUGAAGCAGAAAAAGGCAAAGCUUUGAUGGGCUAUUUGGCAAGUAUGGGCAGUAUUCUAGCUAGCGCUGCACCAUUGGCGAGCGUUAGUGAUGUUAUAAAAUCCCAAAGUUCGGAGAGCUUGCCAUUUCCUAUCAUAUUCAGCACAUUCAUUGUACAAGCACUAUGGUGCAUUUAUGGAAUUCUUGUUCAUGACAUGUUUAUUCAGGUUCCCAAUCUUAUAGGUGCUCUUAUUAGUUUCAUUCUAUUAAGUUUGUUCUUCAUUUAUCCUGCCUCUUCAAAGAAGGAUCUCUAAAGAUGUUUAAAUUCUUGCUCAUUAAAUCUACUAGAAUUCUAUUAAAUAUAAGUACAAAAUUGAAUUGUACUUAUUAUUUAUAACUUAUACUAUGUUUUAAAGCUACAUUGCCUAUUAUUCAUUACAUUGAAUUUUUAUUUUUGGAGUUAGAGGGUUACUUAUUAAUCAUACAAAUAAAAUAUUCAAGAAUUUUUAUUCUUAAGGACAUGAUUUAGUUGGACAUUCCCAUAAUAAUUUUCAGUAAACAAAAUUUUACAUUUAAAUGGUGAUCAAUUAACAUUCUAGUAUUUUCACUUAAAAAGAAAGUAGGUUUUAAUUAAUACAACAUUAGUGCACUCACAUAAUUUCAUAAAAUAAAUUUACAAAAUAAAUUUAAUUUCUUUAAAACUGUUUUUAAUAUAAGGAUAACAUAAAUGAAAUCAUUGUACCAAACAAAAUAAGAAAAAUGCAAAACUAAUUAUAAACAUAUUAAAAUGAACUUUAAAUAAAUUCAGAGUACACUUUAUGUGUCAUAUUACGGUGCAAAAAUCAGGAUUAUUACAUAUUUAAAAAAUGUAGUUUUAUAAAUAAUUAAUAAUAAAAAUAUUUCUGUGGAAGAACUGCCUAUAUAAUUCUUUUUAAAACCUAGAAUGUCAUUUUUCCACUGCAUUUUCAAUUAUAUUUUGUAGUUAGUGUCCAUUAAAAAUAUUUAGUUAUUUAAACACAAAAUAUAUCAUUUAAAUGCAUGCAUUAGCGAUUGUGUACAAGGGGUCUUUUUUUUUCUGCGCAAAACACAAAAUUUUAAACAAAUAGCAUCUCCUUAGAGUGGUAUAAACGUAAACAAUAACUUAAUAACACAUUUAUUUAUAAAAAAACAUUAACUUGCAUUUUAAGCAGACAAAUAAUCUUUUAAAUUAAUAAUAUUUUUAAUCUAUUUUUUAUAAUUUUUUUAUAAAAAAUAAAAUAUGUUUUGAGCUUAUAAAAAAUUCUAUUAAAAACUUAUGAACUACAGGGAAUAACUAAUAUGCAUUUUUAAUAAAAAAUAUCUAUAUUUGAUAACCAAAUAUUUUAUUCACUAUUUUUUGUAAUGAAAACUUAAAAUUAUUUGAAACCCAAUCAAUUUCCAUUUCACAAAACUCUGAAUACCCUCACACUGAAAUUUUCAUAAUUCGAUAUCUGCAAGCGACAUCAUAUGUGCAUCAGCCAAUCAAGUUCAGACUCACACCUGAGAUUGCUUGCCGGUAUUCAAUUAAAUUUGACCCGAAAAUUGAUUCAGAGCAAUAAUAAUCCAAGUCUUAAAGCUGUAAUGAUAACACUCUAUGCAUAACCAGGUGACUAGUUCCAAGUACUCAAGUGGAUAUACAAUUAAAAAAGUACAAUAAUUUCAAGAAAGCCAAUUGGCAUUGUCCACCACUGGAUGUAUAAAACUGUGUUCAGAUUUUUGUGAUGUAGCAAAUUUGUUUUAAUAGAAUAUGUAUAAAAUCAUUUUGCGAAAUUUGAUUGUGUAUGAAAAACAAAAAAUAAACAUUUUUCAAUCAGAUAA